UUUUGCAGCCUGCCGGUUGCCUCAGUCCAGGCUAGGAGCUGGCAAUCUCCUUUGUAGUUUCAGGAGCAGUUUUGUUGCCAUGGAGGCCACAUUCUGAUUUGAGGAAUGUAAAGGUAACCCUUUGCUUUUAGUUCCAAAGAUCUGCCCCAAAGAUAGGCUGUUGCUCUUCUUCUGGAAAAGCCUGAUUGGUAGGUUUCCUCCAAGCGCUCAGUCUGAAGUGCUUUAUCCUAUCCCGUCACCAACUUCAAAACUCAAGCUCUCCCAGGGCCUCUGGAAGGGAGUCUGGGGCUUCCAUCGAUUUCCCACAAAUGGCUGAUCCUGGAGGUGGUGCUGUUUGCAAUGGGACGCUUCACAAUCAGAGUGCCGCCGCCGACUGUCACGGGGGAAACUGCUGGAAGAACGGGGUGGUGAAAGAAGCCCAGCAAAAUGGAAAUUCAAAUUUUUGCAAGCCAUUUGUGGAAUCCUUUGAGGAAGCACCUCUUCAUGUUAUGGUUUUCACUUACUUGGGAUAUGGAAUUGGAACGCUGUUUGGCUAUCUCAGGGACUUUCUGAGGAACUCGGGAAUAGAAAAAUGCAAUGCAGCCGUGGAGAGAGAAGAACAAAAGGACUUUGUGCCACUAUAUCAAAACUUUGAGAAUUUUUAUACGCGGAACCUUUACAUGAGAAUCAGAGACAACUGGAAUCGGCCCAUCUGCAGUGCCCCGGGAGCUGUGUUCGAUGUGAUGGAAAGGGUGACAGAUGACUACAACUGGACAUUUAGGUUUACUGGAAGAGUCAUCAAAGAUGUCAUCAAUAUGGGCUCCUAUAACUUCCUUGGCCUGGCAGCCAAGUACGAUGAAUCCAUGAGGACAGUAAAGGAGGUUUUAGAGAUAUAUGGCCUAGGCGUGGGCAGCACGAGACAGGAAAUGGGAACCUUGGAUAAGCAUAAAGAGCUGGAGGAUCUCGUGGCUAAGUUCCUGAAUGUGGAAGAUGCUAUGGUAUUUGGGAUGGGAUUUGCGACAAACUCAAUGAAUAUCCCUGCACUCGUUGGAAAGGGAUGCCUCAUUUUGAGCGAUGAGUUAAACCAUGCAUCUCUAGUGCUUGGGGCCCGACUCUCAGGCGCGACCAUAAGGAUCUUCAAACACAACAACAUGCAAAGCCUAGAGAAGCUCCUGAGAGAUGCUAUCAUCUACGGCCAGCCUCGAACCCACAGAGCUUGGAGAAAGAUUCUCAUCCUAGUGGAGGGCAUCUACAGCAUGGAAGGUUCCAUUGUGUGUCUGCCUGAUAUCGUGGCCCUGAAGAAGAAAUACAAGGCUUACCUCUACAUAGAUGAAGCUCACAGUAUUGGGUCUGUGGGCCCAACCGGCCGGGGUGUGGUGGAGUUCUUUGGAAUAGACCCUAGAGAUAUUGAUGUAUUUAUGGGCACAUUCACCAAAAGCUUUGGAGCCGCGGGAGGUUACAUAGCUGGAAGGAAGGACCUUGUGGAUUAUUUACGGACUCACUCCCAUAGCGCUGCUUAUGCCACAUCCAUGAGCCCCCCGGUAGCAGAGCAAAUCAUCAGAGUAAUGAAACUCAUCAUGGGACUAGAUGGGACCACAAAAGGGCUGCAGAGAAUACAGCAACUGGCAAAAAAUACAAGAUACUUCAGACAGAGACUAAGCAAGAUGGGAUUCAUUGUCUAUGGCAAUGAAGAGUCUCCCGUGGUCCCGCUGCUCCUUUACAUGCCUGCAAAAGUAGCGGCUUUUGCAAGGCACCUAUUAAAGAGAAAAAUCGGCGUGGUGGUCGUUGGAUUUCCAGCUACGCCUCUUGCAGAAGCGCGGGCUCGGUUCUGUGUUUCAGCAGCACACACCCGGGAGAUGCUGGACACGGUUUUGGAAGCCCUGGAUGAGAUGGGUGACCUCCUGGAUGUGAAAUAUUCCCGGAACAGGAAGUCAGCACGCCCGGAACUCUAUGAUGAGAUGAGCUUUGAACUUGAGGAUUGAGUUUCCUGGACCUAAAUGGACCCUAAAGACUUGGCCAGAAAGACCUCCUUCCUUGCCUCAAAAGGAAUAUAAAUGGAUUUCUCCUCCUUUCUAAGGACAGUUUUGGUUUCCAAAACAAUUUCAUUGAACCAAGGGAGACACAAUCGUUGUGUUUUUAAUGUCUCUGCAGAGACAUUAACGUUCUCCUCCCCCAAGCAUCCUGCCACAAACACACACACACACCACACACACAUUUCUUAGAAUAUUUGUAAUGGCAAAGAGCCUGCAUUUUAGCUGCUACUGUGCAGCCUCUUCGGUCCAGACCCUUUUAGGAAUUCCAGCCAAAUGAGAGAGUUUUGAUUUUUUACUUCAGUAGAUCUCACCAUGUGUUUGCUAAUUUUAUCUGCAGAUGGGGGGCAAGGGCGGUGGGUGGUAGCUGGACUCCUUGUUACCCAUGAAAGAACCAGCUAGAACUCAUUCAUAUCAUGGGAAGUUCAGGCAGGAGGGUAAAGAAAUGUUGCUUCUACCAUUUGCCACAUUUGGACUUUUUCCAAGGACAAGUGUCAGAAGCCAUAUUGAGUGUUUGAAGGGAGAGCACAGACCUGGCCAGCAAGACCAAAGACGUCUUUACAGGAAACUUUCCUUCUCUUCUUCCUGGUUUCCAACAGUUUCAUAGCCGAGUUUUUGAGGUUUGGAAAAUGCAAGACUUUUGUUUCAUCGGGAAGAGGGAAGAAAGCAACCAGCCAACUGUAGGCCUGGACUAAAAUGAUGAAGGUGUAAGGGUGUGAGCGUCCUUGGUGUGCUGCGGACUGAACUUUUCGCAUCGGUUUUACUGCACUGAGCAACGAGCUGUCAUUUUCCUGCUGAACGUGGAGGACAUGGGGAAAUUCAAGGUCCUCUAGAGUGGACUCCCAAGACUACACUUGAAGAACGGGUGUUUCAAAAGUGACAUUUAAAAGUAAAUGCUACUCAGCUUUUCAGUUCUGACCCCUCCAUUCAGACCCAUUAAACAGUUAAUUAAACAUUAAACUGUCCUCUGGCACAAGCACUCCACUUGGCUGCUAAAUGGGCUUUACUUGAGUUGCCGCUGUCUCUCUCUGUCUGUCUCUAUACAUCUGCCUGUCUGUCUGUCUCUCCCUCUCUAAAUGUGAACACAAACUUCUCUGCAAAAGUAGCCCUUUGCUAAUUGAAUCUAGUCGGUAUGGAAAAAAGCCAGUAGAAAACCUUAUCUUUAACAAGCCCCCAGAUGGUGCCCAGAUUGGGAAACUCUUAAAAAGCAGUGGUGACCUUUUACCAAAGCUUCUGUAAUAGUUCAAAUGAGUUACAGAACAUUCCACUCCAUCAAAUGACACUCUAAACAAAUCACUUCAAGAGAGGUUUGACUUCACAUGACACAGAUGGACGCGGCUCUCACGCUGCGCUGGAACAGAAACCCCCCCACAGCCCCCGCGGUCUGGGGGCCCGGAGGCUCACCGCUCUUUAAAGGAUAAAGGUGAUCAGUGUGGAAAGCUUUUUAUGGGGGAAAGUAUUCCCUGGUGGCUAAGACGGUAAAGCGUCUGCCUGCAAUACAGGAGACCCGGGUUUGAUCCCUCGGUCAGGAAGAUCCCCUAAAGAAGGAAAUGGCAACCCACUCCAGUACUCUUGCCCGGAAAAUUCCGUGGACACAGGAGCCUUGUAGGCUAUAGUCCAUGGGGUCGCAAAGAGUCAGACACGACUGCGCCACUUCACUUCACUUCACUUCAUUACCCUAACAGGUACAUCAGCUUAAAAGUGGAUCCCAUGAUAAAGUUCCCCCUGAAUUUUUGUAAGGAGUCCUAUAAGCAGAAGAGGACAGGAAGUGGGUCCUGAAACUUCAGUUGCUCCAUCCAAUGGCUGAUUUUGGUAACUAAAUUCCAACAGAGACUAAAUUCCAACUCAGCGAACCGGUGCAGCAUUCCUUGUGCAAAGAAAAUAUAUAUUGUAUACAUGUGCCAAGAAAAGGAAGACAUGUAGGACUUUUCUCUUGAAAAUGAAUGUUUAAAUGAAGUUUAUAUUAGUUAAUUGUCCAAAAUGAAUCUUCAUCAAGAUGCCAGAGUGCUGAGCCAUUGAUUACAUUCUCCAACAUGAGAUCAAGAACCUAGCUCUGGCAGACCGUCUGUGUUGACUAUGAACUUGUGAGAACAACUGUAAUCCAAAUGGAAUGUUUCCUGAGUACGUUAGAGGGGUUCAGGUCCCAGAGGGUUAAUAAUAUAAGGAUAUAUGUCUUAUAGAGUGAAAUUGGUUAAGAGGGUACUUGUGAGAAUUUUUCAUUUUUAUAAGAAAAAAAUCUACUGCUAAAUAGAAGUAUGAUUUCAGUUCAAUAGGUAUUAUUGGGUCUCCAUAGCUAUACCAGAGCAAAAAAUGUCCCUUUGGUUGGCUUUGUUUGGAAAGAUAAUUUUCUAACAGAACUAUAAUGUCUUACACCCCCAACCCUCCCAACUGUGAAGAAUGCAUGUACGCAUGCACACACACAUACGAGCACACUUUCCCCUUUCUUUACAGAGCAAGAGUUUAAAGAUUCAGAGAUGAGAAUCUGGCUGACUAAUAAAUAGAUGGAAGAUGCUAUUUCUAAAAAUGACCUUCAAGGGAAGCAGAAGAUGAAGGAUCCAGACUGAUAUUUUUAAGGAGGGUAUAUUUGCAUAAUAGCAGAAUGGCAUAGACACCUUCCUAAUCUUACGGAAUGCAAUAUCCUGUUGUUGACUCUCUUGCCUUUCAGCAUGUUUUGGUUUGACAGAGACCAUGGGCUUCAGAAUGUACUAGUAAGCUUAUUAAAAUAAAGACCCCUGGGCCCCAAACCACACUCCCACUGAAUCAGAAUAGCUCCAGUGCCCAGGAAUCUUGCAUUUCAGCCUGUCUUCCCAGUUGAUUGUCAACCAGGUCAUAAUUUGAGAACCAGGCGUUCCCUGGUGGCUCAGCUGAUAAAGAAUCCACCUGCAAUGCGGGAGACCUGGAUUCAAUCCCUGGGUUGGGAAGAUCUCCUAGAGAAGAGAAAGGCUACCCACUCCAGUAUUCUGGCCUGGAGAAUUCCAUGGACUGUAUAGUUCAUGGGGUCACAAAGAGAUGGACACAACUGAGCGACUUUCACUUUCAUUGGGACUGGUAACUCUCAUAACUUACCAGGAACUUUGUUCUGAUUGUUGGUGAUUAAGAGUGUUUAUUUUGUUAGAAUAAAUUAAUUAUUCUAAACUUUUCACCCCAAUGGGACAUUUUGUUCCCAUUUCAAGGUACCUUCUCUUUCCCUAAAAGUGAACCCAAUAUUUAAGAAUAAUCUGCCAUUCAUUUGAACAAAAGUAUCUCUUCUCUAGUUCUCCUUUGUCUCCUUUGUGUCAUUUCUUACAAGAUGUUCCUUAUUCUUUUCAUGACCUUGUUCCACUGAUUGUGGUAUCUUGUUUCCUUUUUUUCCUCCCACCCCUGAAAAAAAUCUUCAACUUCUGAUUAUUGAUUUAUUCCAACAGUAGCUCUUGAGCCAGGUGAAAGUCAUAGUCUCCAAACAUGCAGUGCUCCUCGGUGUUUGUCUUCAGAGAUAACAAAUAUUAUAAAUGAGUUACUUUGACUUAAAAGUUUCAGUGAGGAAACCUUGGCUCUCUUAAAUAUAGGAUUUGAUUUUGGCAAUAAUAACAAUUGUAAUUUGAAUUUAUCAGAUACUUCCUUAGCAGUUUUUCCCAGUUUCACUAAGAACAACAUAUUUGAAGUCUUUUUUCUCAGAAUGCUGCAUGGAGCUGUGUAACGUUUAAGAAAUUAAAAGGAGUCUGUAUUUUAAAUGUUUCUGGGUAAUUAUUGUGGGACAUUGUCUUAUGGUGUUGUGAUGUGGUGUUUUGUAUGUGUAUGUAUGUGUGUGUUUCACUGAAACAUUUGAGGUGACCAACUUCAUUUCAUUCUGCCUGUGAUACAUUAAUUUCUUUAAUAAACCAAUCACCCAAAUUGGCAAUAUAAAAAAGA